GAUUGAUUUUUACGUCACCAUUCAAGUGGUUGUCACGGCGCAACAUUUGAACACAGCGUCGUAAAAAUUAGUGUUUUUUGGUUUUAAAGUGUUACAGAAUGCAUGUGACUACCUCAUAGUAAACUAAAAUAAUUUUGUAAACAUUUAAAUAAAGUGAAUUUUAUAUUAAUAUAAAUUUUCCGCUUAAAGCGAAAAGAAAGAGGUGUGAAAAAGAAUAAUCCAAAAUGUCGAUAAACUUGGAUGAGCCCAAGUAUGACCAGAAGACGUAUUGGGGUCGCGCCAAACACUUUAUACUUCUCACCAACCCAUUAAACGCUUUUGCGUCAGAGAAGUCACUCAAUGAAGCGAAGAGAGUCGUGGAUGAGUACAGGAGAACGAGGUCUAUGCCAAACGGAUACAAUGAAGACAAACUAUGGGCUGCCAAAUACCUGUACGACAGCGCGUUCCACCCCGACACAGGCGAGAAAAUGAUCAGAAUUGGCCGCAUGUCUGCGCAGGCGCCUAUGAACACACUCAUCACUGGAUGUAUGAUAACUUUCUACAAGACAAAGCCAGCUAUUAUAUUCUGGCAGUGGGCCAAUCAGACGUUUAACGCUUUGGUCAACUACACUAACCGAUCCGGAGACGCAGUUUUAUCUACGCCGCAGUUGAUGGCGUCUUACUGCGCGGCUUGUGGUGGUGCACUCAGCACUGCCUUGUACCUCAAUAGCAAAGUUAAGGGCAUGAACCCUCUCUACGCGCGUUUGGUGCCCUUCGCAGCAGUAUGCGGUGCUAACUUCAUCAAUAUCCCCAUGAUGAGGAGCAAUGAAAUAAUGAACGGUACGCCGGUGUUCACCCCGGACGGCCAAAGGGUAGGAGACUCGAAGGUCGCGGCGGUGACGGGCAUCCUUCUAGUCUGCAUAUCUAGAGUGGGCAUGGCUUUACCUGGAAUGACGAUGGUGCCCAUUUUAACACAGACGGCGAUUAAGAAGAAACUGUUCUCCGCGACUUCGUUGGCCAUCGUUCCCUUCCAGUUGUCGCUGGUGUGUCUUUGUGUCACCUUUGCCACGCCUCUAGGCUGCGCCUUCUUCGAACAGAAAGCAAACAUCAGUAUCAACCGUCUUGAGGGUAACUUAAAGGAAAGGGCUUUACAACUAUCGCCAAAGACGGACACAGUGUACUACAACAAGGGUUUGUAAGGAUUGUAAGCAGCUCUAGAUAGAUCCUUAGGUAUACGGUCUUUGUAUUGUCUGAUGGUUAUUGUAAUGACAUUAUGGGUCGAUGACAUGAAGACAGGUUUUUAUAUCGUUAAAAUCUAAUCAUUAUUUGCGAUAAAUUAUGUCACACAUUUAACCCUUAGUUUUAAAGUGGGUAAUUAAUGUACCUACUGUUCAAGCCAUGUAUUUAAAAAAAAAACAAUAAUACUUUAUAAUUAUAAUAAAAAUGUCAUUACAAUACCCACCAAAUAAUAAAAGUACUAUAAUACCCUAUUAUGCUAGGUAAAUGCCGCUCAGUUCUCAGUGCUAGUUCUACAAUGGAGUCGCAAUAUACGGUCGCCUACAAUAGAAAUGUCAAUGUAUAGGAUUACCUACCUAGGCUUUGACAUAUCAUGUCAAUGUAUAAGAUUACCUACCUAGGCUUUGACAUUUUCCUGUCAAUGUCAAUCCUAUUACAUUGAUUGUGCUAUUCUGUUUAAGUCAUGCAUUAUUUUUGCUACUAGCAUAAUCCUACGUGCUACGUUACUUAGACCAGGUUAUAGAAUCUCCCCACAGCGUUACCAUUCCAUUUAUUUAAAAACCAAUGGUCGUAGGUACUUUAACGUAGAGGUAAACGUAACAUUGCAACUUAGAAAUGUCAAUUCUAGAGGUUAUUAACAUUAGAUUUGUUUUUGAAUGACAAAUUUUAUAGGUCUAUAGACAUUAGUUGCAUCUAAUAACGUUGAUACCUUCGAAAAAGAAGUGAGUUUGGGAAAUGUUGCAUUUAAGUUUUUUAUACAAUUUUCUACGUAAUGUUGCCUACCAAAUUGUCUAGAAUGGUCUGUCUAAGUUCAUUGAUAUUACGGUCAUUCCAAGGAUAGUUUGUCUCAAGAGCGUAUUUCAGAAAAACAGUUCAUAUUAUGCUAUUGUUACGAUAAUGUUUAUGACUACAAGCGUUUUGAGUGAAAAGAUAAAUGUAUAUCCACUUGUUUAUUUUAUUUUGGUAAGGCUUUAGACGCACUACGAUAUUACUCCGUGGCCAAUUUUAUGCAAGAGCAACCGUAAAACCAAUUACCGUGCGUGCUACGAUUAGAAAUCUCUUCCUUUGGUUGGUUCCUUUUAGAUUAAAUAUUAUGUCUGUUCUUCCUUUAUACAAUUUUUGGGUAUUGCUGUACUGCAUAUUGCAGUGCGGCUUAGCCUUUUUUUUAUUACGGGGAGAAACAUUCAAAAGGGCCCAGCUUUAUGGGGGGAAAGACUAGGGAGGUGUGGGAUGUUUACCUCACUAACACCACCCUGGUCACCACCCUCAACACUAUUACAAUGGGGCACCGAGUCCUCUAAUUAGACCUGCUCCGAAGCCCCCAUGGUAGUGCGGCUUAGCCUUUACUUUAAAUUAAAACCAAAAAGCAUUAAUAUUGCGAUAGCAUAAUCGUGCAUUUUUUAUGAACAAAACUUGCACGAGCUUGUUUUACCAACAGUUUGUAGCAGUAGGCUUGUUGGUUUUUUUAUAUAUAUUUUAAUUUUGAUAUUUUAUAUUUUAUUUUGAUGUUUUAUAUUUUUAUUUUAUAUUUUAUACAAUGUUUUUUUUUAUACAUUAUAUGAUUUUGUAGUAAAAUAUUAAAAAUAUUUAUACCUACUUUACUUUCAUAUAUUUUUUUUAUUUCAAAGAAUAGUUUGUUUCAAAGCGUGGUCAUAUUCAAAGAGCCUGAGAGUUCCGUUGUAGGAUUUCCUUGAGCUUAUUUAAACGUUAUUAAAUAGAUAAAAAAAUUAUAAGAGUGGAGAGAAAUGUUCAAUAUUUAUUGUUUGAUAUAUUAUUCCUGAUUUACGUAUGUUAUAAAGGUAGCAAUAAUGUGUAAACAUUCCAAAGAUAUUCUAUAUAUUAUGAUUGUUAUAUAUUAUGUUAUAUUGUAAUAAUAUAUUCCUAUAUUGUGAUGUCAAUUCCCGUGACUACCACUGACAAUAAUGUUGUGACUUCUAGAUAUAAUAUAUUUAAAAAUCGUAAUAAUUUUCAUUAUAAUUUUAAAGUUCUAUUUUGUAUAAAUAAAGCAAUUAUGAAUGUGUUUUUAUUGUUCCUAAAAUGAUUGCUAUUGCUGACUCGCUUCGUUGGUAUAAAAGUUGUAUAAUUGUUUAUAAAUUAAUUUUAUAUAAUUAUGUAAUACAUACAAUCGUUAUUAAGUAGGUAGACGUACAUAAAAAUGUCCUAAUAAAAAUUGCGUAAAUUGUU